CAGCUAGCGUGCGGAUCUGGACCAGCUCAAAUUGUAUUUUUACUUAUUACACUUCUAUUUAAAUAUAUUUUCUACCUUACAAUUUAUCCACGUGUUUUCUCUGUUUACACACCGAAUAACCUCAACAGCACGUGUGUUGUAAAAUUUGUAGGCUAUGGUAAUACACAGAAAGUCGAGUUGAGUUCUCUUUUAGAAUCAGAAGGUUUGCAAAGUCAAAUAGCACAACAAAAGAAAGCUUUGGAAGAGAAAUUCAAUGAAGAGAACGAUGAGACUUGUGAGACUAAUUUUUCUACAAAUGUAAAUUCGAAAAAAUAUAAUGUAGAAAAAAUGGAUUGUGACUCUGAAGAAGCAAAUGCGUAUAAACAUCACUUCAUACCGGGACCAUCUUUCAAUUCGAUGACUGAUAUAAUGCCACCUGCACCUCCUUUACCACCACAAUUAAUGGCCAAAUUACCAGAUAAUGAUACAGACGCACUUUCAAGUAUGUUGAUGUCAUGGUAUAUUAGUGGUUACAUGGUAUAUUACACAGGUUAUUACCAUGGUUUGAAACAAGCAAGAAACAAUCAAGAGAACAGGAAGAACUGUUGAUUAUAUCAAUUUUUUCAAUAACAAUAUAACAAUAAUAUAAGAUAUAAUAAAAUAUAAAACUCAUUGUAUUUAUUUACUUCAAUUAUUUGAAAUAAAGAACAGCUUUAUUUUCAUAUAA